UAAUAAAUAGUUGACUCUUUUAUGCUAGUCUAUUUUGGGAGGAUUCAGUUGAGCGAAAGUGACAGGAACAAUCACUGCUAUGGCAGCUCCGGCUGACCCUACGCCGAGCUCAGCCGACCAAAACCCACAAACCCCAGCGGUGGAACAAACGACUGUUGAUGAUCGCCGGGGUUCUAAGGUGGAGGUUGUAAAAGAGAGUUAUCCCUCUUCUGUUUUUGUGAACUCAGAACCGAUUCGAGAAGAGCAAGUGCAAAAUGCUGUGAAGUUUCUUUCACAUCCUAAGGUUAGGGGAUCACCAGUCAUUCAUCGAAGGUCAUUUCUUGAGAGGAAGGGACUCACGAAAGAGGAGAUAGAUGAAGCCUUCCGGCGUCUACCAGACCCAACUCCAUCUGUUCAAACGACUGAGCCAGUUGUCACCAAUCAAGAUGGGAAGAUUAAAUCUUCAGCAGAUGUUCAGACACAAGCUCCAACACAAGUAGUGCAGUCUAAUCCAGUUUUACCUGGGGGUAACACUUUGAAACUAGAGACAGACUCUCGAUUCCACUGGUCUUAUGCCAUUCUUGCUGUUGGCUUCCUGGCUGUAUCGGGGGCUGGAACAGUAGUACUUUUCAAGAAUGCAAUCAUUCCCAGGUUGAAGUCAUGGAUUUGCAAGGUUGCAUCAGAAGAUGAAGAAGGUCUGCUAAAGAAGAACAAUGGAAAACCAAGUAUAGCAGAAGAAGCUGCAACUGCCGCGAAAGUCGCCGCUGCCGCAGCUUCUGAUGUAGCUGAGGCAAGCCGACAGAUGUUAAUGAUAAAAAGUGAAGAGAAGAAAUGCUUUGAGGAACUUAUGGGCUUGUUAAAUGCACAAGUACAUGAGCUGAGGUCAAUGAUGACUGCUAUAAAGAUGUUGGAAGGUGGACGAAGUAGAAAUGGAAAACUUGUUGUAGAGCAACACGAUGAUGAAAGGUUUCUAGGGACCAGUUCAAAGCAACCUUAUGCGAAUGGAAAGACGGUCUUAGGUUCACAUUCAGUGAGAUCUUCGUCUCGCCCUGCACCUGCUGAUCCUUCUGUUGCUCCUCAUCCUAAGUCAUAUAUGGAGAUCAUGACUAUGAUACAAAGAGGAGAGAGACCAUCAAAUAUCAAGGAGAUCAAUGAUACGCCACCAAAUCCCAAUCAACCACUAUCAAAUCCCCGUCUAGCACCAAGGCCAAAGCCUUGGGAGGUUAGUCAACCUCAGACCAACUCCACCAACAUUCUUCAGACUCAAGAGAGCAGCAAAAGCUCAAAUUACAAAUUCCCAAGUAACCCGUUAAGUGGUGGUGAUGCUGCUCUUUGGUGGCAACGAAAGAAUGUCAGAAUCACUGAACUUGAAGCUGGCAAUGAAAAAAAACCUGGAUCUUCCAAUGUGUUGGGUAAUGAACAAUCUGCUAAGCGGUCGUGGGUACCUCCCCAGCCACCUCCUGUUGUGAUGCCUGAAGCAGCUGCAGUGAUACGGCAACCAAAGAAGCCAUCUUAUCAGAAAGAACAGACCACUGACAACCAAUUACUAGCUCCUUCCCCAGAUGUAACUGAUGAGUUGCCAAGGAUCACAAGAAUCCCUGAGGCAGGUGGCAGCACGGAGGCUAAUGGCAAAACUUCUGUGCUUUCCUCUAGUGAUGAGAUACAAGCAGAAGAGAACAGUCGGUAUUAGACGACCAAUAUCACACUCUUACAGUUGACAUUUUCACAUGAAAACAGGCGAAGGUAUAUACUUGCAGGACUAUCCGUUGGCUAAUUAUCGUCUAUAUCAGUACAAGUCCAACGACAGUUGUAUGAAUUGGACAGAAUUGUAACAACCAGUGGUUGGUGAUCCAUUAUGUAGGGAGAUUCUGCCAUUAGCUAUUCACCUGAUGUGAGAUUGUGUAGUACUGGAUCACAUUUGUUGCAGUAUGGUUGCAAUGAUAUGAUUGUAUCCCAUGUUUUGUCAUUGAUUGUACUGUCAUAAAUCAAAUUGUCUUUUGUAGAGUACUCCAAA